AUGAAUGUCGCCUGGAAUGAAUUACUUCACCAAGCCGAGGGUAUGUUGACAUAUUGUGAUACCUUCGAGAUCAACACUCCAAGUGCGCGACACGAUCUCAAGACCCUUGCAAUCGACGUCCUUGCCGCGAUGGCUUUCAAGAAGUCAUAUGAUUUUCGUGGAUCUUCCAACAUCCAGGACGACAACAGCAGCUACCGUAAUACGCUCCAGACUGCCCUCGAUAACGCAAUUCUCAUUAUGCUCAUUCCCUACAGGUAUCUCAAGGGCCCACUCAUCCUAGACAAGCUAGUCAAGAUCGGCGAUGCUGCAAGGUCUGGUGGCAUGAUGAGUUCCUUCAUUCGCGCCCCUAACAUUCAUGCCCGAGAAACCGCAACGUCACCGGAAAUUAGGGCCAGUAAAAAUGGCAAGAAAGGGCUAUCAUUUGAUGAAAUCUUGAACAAUAUUCUCAUACUCAACUUUGCCGGUUAUGAUACAAUUACCAACGCUCUGGGAUUCGCUCUAUACCUCUUGGCUAUACAUCUGCUAUACAUCCCAAAGUGCAAGACUGGCUAG